AUGGCUCCGCGCCGGCAGGAUGCGAUCGACUUGACUACAAGAAAUGACGGUGCUGCGCCCGCAAGCCAAGUCUGGGUUGCAAAUGAAGAGCACGAGGCCGAAGACAUCGUUGUUUCCUCUCAAGGGGAUAAUGACGAGGCGAUAGCAACUUAUCAGUUAUAUGGAGUGUUGACUACCAAGAUCGUUGGCGUGCAGUACUAUCAAGGUAUUGCAAAUAACGGAGAAUACGUUGUGCUUGCGCGAGAACCUCACAAUCAAUACGAUUCGAACGCGAUCCAGGUGCAAAACGUCCAACGCCAACAGAUCGGUCAUGUACCUCGUACAAAUUCAGCGAAACUUGCGAAAUAUAUAGAUAAUGGUGCUUUGCUCCUGGAAGGCUCCUUAGCCGGUCAAAUGGGACAUUAUGAUUGUCCAAUGAUAAUCAAGCUCUUCGGCACAAGCGAACCUGUCGAGCGCGCCAAUCUACGCAGUCAACUCAAGGUAGAUCGUUUGCCGACUGAAGUCAUUGAUGGCAAAGAGAGGGAAGCUAAGAAACGAAAAGGACAGGAAUUGAAACAAGCUGCGGCGAAGCGUGGAAAGAAAGCUAGUGGCAAAGGUCUGCCCUCGUCUUUAGAUGUCGGUGUUCACUCCUCUCAAGGGGAUGGUAUGCCGGACCAAAAUCUCGAUGACCUCAUCGAAUCUAGUCAGCGCUUCAAUCCAAGGGAAAUUGGUGAGGUCACAGAAAAGUUUGGCGCCGCUGAAGACGUCCUGGCGGCAAUGGAGAUGGCCGAUACUCCAAAAGAGUUAUCAACGACUUUGCUUCCUUACCAAAGACAGGCGUUGAAAUGGUUAUUUGAAAAGGAAAAUCCUCAACUUCCAACUGAAGGUUCGACCGAAGCAGUCCAGUUGUGGAAGCGGUCGACACGAGAUAAAGACAUCUUCACCAAUAUUGCAACAAAUUUCUCCAUCAAAGGCCAGCAACCAGCCCUGGCGAGUGGUGGAAUCCUUUCUGAUGAUAUGGGUCUCGGCAAAACGUUGGAAAUGAUUUCAUUGAUUAUCGCAGAUCCUAAGAAGACCAAGACGCGAAAGACGACUCUGAUCAUCGCCCCUGUGGGCGUCAUGACUAAUUGGAGUGGUCAGAUAGCCCAUCAUGUGACAAAAGACAAAGCGCUGAAUGUUCUCAUCUACCAUGGAUCGAGCAAGAAGAAGAUGAUUGCGGCUGACUUUGAUACAUACGACGUCGUAAUUACUUCCUAUGGCACUCUAAGCACAGAGUAUUUUCCGAAGGGUACGAAGAACCCUCCUUCGGUGCCUCGAAGCCAUGGUUUAUUCUCCAAAGACUGGCGACGCGUGAUACUUGACGAAGGUCACACAAUUCGAAAUCCGCAGACGAAGUCAUCAUUGGCGGCAACCAACCUCAUUGCACAGUCAAGGUGGGUUCUUACGGGUACCCCUAUCAUCAACAGCCUCCGGGACUUGUACUCUCUUGUGCGAUUCAUUCGUAUGACUGGCGGAUUAGAACGUUUAGACAUAUUCAACAGCAUCCUGAUCCGGCCGCUGAAGGCGGGGGAUGAGAAUGCCAGCCUUCUCCUGCAGGCUUUAAUGACAACACUCUGCCUUCGCCGUAAGAAGGAGAUGAAAUUUGUCGAUCUACGGCUUCCAGAAUUAUCCGAAUAUAUACACCGGAUCGAGUUUACCAAGAAGGAAAAGGAGACAUAUGAAGCCUUACAGCAGGAAGCUAAAGGCCUUCUCAACACAGUCCGGCACGGUCAAGGCGCUAAAAAGCAGCCCCAGGAUAGCUAUCGCCACCUUCUCGAAGUUCUCCUUCGCCUUCGUCAGCUCUGUGGCGAGCGCGUCAACGAGAUCCUAUCAAUCCUCGAGCACCAGAAGCAGGUAGACCUUACGCCUGAAAACAAAGCCGCACUUCAAUCAAUGCUGCAACUGAGCAUUGAGACUCACGAGGACUGCCCCAUCUGCCUCGAAUCGCUUCACAACCCCGUAAUAACGAAUUGUGCUCACGUCUUCGGCUCUGAAUGCAUUGAAAAGGUGAUCGAAACCCAGCACCGAUGCCCCAUGUGUCGUGCUGAACCGCUCGAACCCAAUUGCCUUGUUCAACCUGCCAUUGAUUUGGGCGAAUCGGCCGCCAUUUCCGAGUCCGACAUCGAUUCAGAAAGUAGCUCGAGCAAGAUCGAAGCCUUGGUUUCCAUUCUGCAAGCGGCAAGGAAGAGAGAUAAUAGCAGCAAGACUGUCAUCUUCAGUCAGUGGACCUCCUUUCUGAACAUUCUGCAGUCCCGCCUUGUCAACGUCUUCCCGGAUAUCAAGAUCGCGCGUAUUGACGGCACGUUAAACCCACGGCAGCGCGACGCAGCACUCGAUGCGCUUGAAAAGGAUCCAAAAUGCUCUGUGAUGCUAGCCUCCCUUGCUGUCUGCUCUGUCGGACUCAAUCUUGUAGCAGCUAACCAGGUUGUGCUAGCAGAUAGCUGGUGGGCCCCUGCCAUUGAGGAUCAAGCUGUUGAUCGAGUGCAUCGGCUUGGUCAGAAGCGGGAGACGACGGUGUGGAGGUUGGUGGUAGAGGGAACGAUUGAGGAGAGCGUACUAGAAAUUCAAGGUGAAAAGAGGAAGCUCAUUGGAUUGGCUUUUAGGGAGAAGGAGGCGAAGAGAGGAAAACACAAAGAAAGCAGAAUCGCUGAUAUUGAAAGGAUGUUGAAGUGA